CGGUCUUAAAAAGGACAUUACUCUUAUCCUUAAGAACCAGAGAUCCUCUACCUCGACAUUCCUUCCUAAUCAAGCUGUUUUGGCCUUCAAUCCCCAUACCCUAUUCUCCUCUCCGCCCUUCAACCUCUGUCUCCUCACCGAUCUACCCAAUGGGGCUGCCAUGGCGCAAGAUCUCCAGCAACCAUUCCGCCCUCCCUCCCUCUGCACACUCCUUUCCCCUCUCCUUCAAAAACAUCAACUCCCUACAACUCGACAAUAACCCCCUCGUCUUACAACGUUCCAUCUCUGCAUCCGCCGCCCUCCGAUUCCUCUUCCCCUUCACUCCAUCGCCCCUCUACGACCCCAUUGCCCACCAUCAACCGAUAUUGUUAUACUACACAAGCCUCCGCGUGGUACGCCGCACCUUCGAGGACUGCUGCACCGCGCGCCGCAUUCUCCGUUGCUUCCGCGUCGCCAUUGACGAGCGUGAUCUCUCAUCGGACUCGCGAUUCCUCUCGGAACUGAAGGGAAUCUUGGGCGUGAAAAGGCAGCAGCAGAUCAUACUCCCGCAGCUGUUCAUCGGCAGCCACCACAUCGGCGGCGUGGAUGAGAUCUUGCGCUUGCACGAGACUGGUGAGUUGAAGAAGCUUGUAGCUGGGCUAACGCCAGUCUGCCGGCGUUGCAGCAGCUUUCGUUCUGUUCUUUGCAGUUGCUGCAAUGGAAGCCACAAUUGCUCGAAUGAGAAGGGCGAUGGGUUCCGGAUCUGCCAUGCCUGCAACGAGAAUGGACUCGCCCUCAGCCCUGAUUGCCCGUGAAGUUCGUAAAGGCGUGGACAACGAGCUUCCUAAUUACUUUCUUUUCUCACUUUUAGCAAUUUUUGAAAGUGUGGGGAGUUUUUCAUAAAUUCCUAAUUGGACUGGUCCAACAACAUUCGGCCUGGUUAUUUUUUGAAUUACAUAUUAUUUCUAGUUUCUAAUGGCUUCUA